UCGGAAACCGAGUUGUCGUCCAUUUGAACGGAUGUGUGAAAAGCAUUUCAUCUGAAUUUGAUUCACACUGAGCGAUAAUGUCCUCGAAGGUGACGAAAGACACUCUUUACGAGUGUGUGAACGGAAUGCUGGAGACGACCAAAGGUGACAACGACGGCAAGAAGAGGAAGUUCUUGGAGACCGUCGAA